AAAUUGCUGAAACUAAGCACAGGAAACAUCCAUCCUGUGUAGAUUGCUAGACAGUUGAUAAAAUGUGUAGAUCUGGGAGGAUGCAACCUCAUAAAAGGAAGUCGAACAAGUCAAUGUUUCGGAAGAUCACAGCUUUUUUCCGGAAAAACAUUGGUUUAGAUGUAGUCCGAGAGAAAAUAAAAUAGUUAAAUGUUCACAGAUAAAUUGUAGCAACGAGCUGAAAUGAUGUCUAACUCGAGUUCUAACGCUACGAUUCCGAAGAUAUGUAACCUGUCUGUUAUGCUGUAUGCUACAGCGGUUUUUACUAUAAUCAUCACAAUAAUUGGAAUUAUUGGGAAUUUGCUGACCAUAAUUGCGCUUUAUAAGCAUCCUCGAGUGAGAAAACAUACGACAUCCGCAUUUAUUAUGAGCUUAUCCAUUGCAGAUUUCUUAUUCUGCUCCAUUAAUCUACCAUUUAGUGCUUCAAGAUUCAUACACCAUACUUGGAUUCAUGGAGAUAGUUUGUGUAUCGUUUUCCCCUUUUUGCGUUACGUUAACGUUGGCUUAUCACUGUUAUCCAUAGCUGCCAUCACUGUAAAUCGUUACGUCUUCAUCGUUCAUCCAUCUUGGUAUGAGCGCAUUUAUCAGAAGAAAUAUAUUUUCUCCAUGAUACUAUCACUUUGGGUGUUUUCCAUAUCGUUGAUGUUACCGACACUCUUUGGAAAAUGGGGUCGAUUCGGCUUCGACGAGAAGAUCAUGAACUGCUCCAUUUUAGAAGUCAAAGGAAAAUCUCCUAAAACUUUCUUGUUUAUCUUCGGUUUUCUUUUGCCAUGUAUCGUCAUAGUAUUCUGCUACAUCCGUAUCUUCUGGGUGAUUGUUAGAAGCAAAACUAGAGUCAGAAAGCACAGUACUUCAGAUAGCAACGAACAAGUUAAAAAAGAUCCCAAGAAGCAGCAAGAUUGGAAAAUCACCAAAAUGGUUCUAAUAAUAUUCUCUUCGUUUCUCAUCUGUUACUUACCUAUUACAAUUAUUAAGGUGGCUGAUAAAAGAGUGAAGUAUCCCGCUUUGCACAUCGUGAGUUACAUUUUCUUAUACAUGAGCGCUUGCAUCAAUCCUCUCAUCUAUGGUGUGACUAACAAACAUUACAGAAAAGCGUACAAAAGCAUAUUAAUCUGGAUGAAAGACGGAGUUUUGAGCGUCGGAACCAAGAUAUCCUCUUAUACAAGUCAAGAUAGUUCGACUCAAAUGGGGACAGUCAUGCAUACUCUCAAUUCAAAAUCAGGAAUUAACGGUGACGAUUUGGUUAACAAAAACAACGAAAAAAAUGCCAAAGCAUGAAACCUGUGAAGAAUGUGUGAAAUUUUGGACAUUGGACAAUAACAUAAUUCUCUUGUAUAAUUGCAAUUGAAUAAUUUGUAUAUUCAGCUCUUGUUUUGCAAGAAAAUUGCCAAUGAAUGCCUUUAGUUAUUUACAUAACAGUACAAAUUCUUGUAUAUAAGAUAUAUUUUGUACUAUUUUAACUUAUAUAAGUCUACUUUAGUUGAAGCAUAGACUUAAGAAUGUUAACAUUUAUAUAUUUUGUUAUUACUUAUACAGGCAAUCCUUUAAAUAUGUAAUCUUAAGAUAUGUUAAGUAUAACACAAGAAAAAUGAUCGUAAAGAUUAAUUAUAAAUUUAUAAUGUAUAAUUUUUAAAAUAUUUACUAAGUUUAA